AUGGAAAUGGAGAAGGAACUUCCCAAGCGAGCGAGAGAGACAUCAGCUAGCGGCGGCUCCAACCGGGCCAAUGAAAUGCGCUGUAAUCAAACUGUAACUUUCUCACCAACGGAACUCCCCAGCAGCGACGACAGCACACAUCACCUCCUCAUCCACCCGAGACUUCAUCAGCAUGUUCGCCUCUUCCUGAACUUGCCCCAGCACUUCUCCCCUCACAGCACGACAGCAGAUCCCACCAAACUGCAGUCAGAUCAAUGGCAUAUGACCCCAAAACCCAAGAUCUCCAAGGCCAUCGACAUGCCUCAGGGCCGAUAUCUCGCGCCCAUGCUUUCACAAGAAAGCCCACGCAGACCAAUCGGAACCGGAAAUCGACCCCACGAUGCGAUCGUUGUGGUCACCACACCACGACAUCCAUCAACCGCCAGUCUGCGCGACAGCUCUUUCUAUGCAUUGUAUGGGUAUGUAAGUAAGUACUUCUACACCAUCUCCAUCUCUUCUCCUUCAUUUCAUCCUCUCCUCCUCAAUCUCGAUCUCGAUCUCCCCGACCUUGCAAGACCCACCAAGCUAGCAAUACCGAAAGCGCGAUCAUCAUUCUAUACCAUCAUCGCGUGCGGCCGCUCCACCACGCACACCAUGAACACCAUCUCCCUCGUCCUCAACGGCAAGACUGCCUCUUACAUCCAUUCCCUCCCGGAAAAACAACGAAGCAGUAUAACAACCACCACAAUCCACCACUCGUCACCACGACCACGACCUCAAUUCUCCUCCACCCCACCAUUCCCAGCCAUGUCCAGUCCCUCGCGCCCACACUCCCGAAAAUCAAGUUACAGUCCCGGCUGGUACACACCCAACGAAUACAAUUUCACACUCGAAGAUUUUGCGCAAAAACUUAAUACAAGGAGUGUGCGCAGAACGUUGUGAUGGCGCUUUUCAGUCCGACGCCGAUGGUGUUGUUUUUGUUUAAUCCGGUGGCGUUGAUACUUUGGGUGAUGGUGGGGUGGUGGUGGUGGUGGUGGUUUGCGGGGUGAGAAGGGGAAGGGAAGGACAGGGGAUGGGAGGACUGGAUUCAGCAUCUACACAAGAUACCCGAGCUGCAUCCCCGCCCCGAGACCUUCACGACGCUCUCUCUGUCUCUCACCUCGAGGAGAAAAACAUCGCAUUCCCAUUCCCAUCCUUCCUCACCCCCUUCUUAUACUCCUCCUCCUUCUCCGCAUCGAAUUCCUGCCAACUACUCAUGGGAUAAAUAUGUUUGCUCCUCUCAUACCACCUCCGAUCCACGACUUUCGUGUCGUUGGGAUCAUCCCCGAAACCUUCGAGCUCGGAAUCAGGAGGUCCGGAGUGUUGGGCCGCUUGCAGUUUUCUCUGAGCCGCAGUUUGGAGAUGCGAAGGCUCGUCUUCCGGUACAGGGGUGGAUUCCUCCGAAAAUUUGUGUAAGAGAUGGGCAGGCGUUGCGGGGGUAGGGUCGGCGGAGAAGGCGAAGAGUUGGCCGUGGUAGCCGUGGGUUUUGUUGAGGAGGAAGUAGUGGAAAUCGUAAUGCUGUGAAUAAAGGCAGUCAGUAUGGGGAUAGACAUAGAGCUCAUGAAUGUAUGACUUACGUGUGGAAUGAUUAUAUCUCCUCGCACGAUCAUAAGAUC